ACGUGCGUCUCCUCGUCUUUCCAAUGAUAGUCUGACCUAUGUUAGCUACCUACCCUUCAGUCUUCUGACUUCUGUCACACACGAUGGCUUUGUUGAAAUCCGGCAAGUUUGUCUCCAGCCUCGGGGCUUAUUCUCCCUACAUGGGCGUUUUACCUAUUCGAGCAAGCUCAUGGUGGUCAGAGGUUCAGAUGGGCCCACCUGACCCCAUCCUGGGGGUCACUGAGGCUUUCAAGCGAGAUACCAACCCCAAGAAGAUGAACCUGGGCGUGGGGGCGUACCGAGAUGACCAGGGAAAGCCCUAUGUGCUACACUGCGUCCGUAAGGCUGAAGCUCUGAUCGCUGAAAAGAAGCUGGACAAAGAGUAUCUGCCCAUUGGGGGCCAUGGGGAAUUCAACAAAGCGUGUGCGGAGCUGGCCCUGGGCCCAGAGAGCGAGGUGCUCAAGAGCGGCAGGAGCAUUACUGUUCAGACCAUUUCAGGAACUGGAUCACUCCGAAUUGGUGCAAACUACCUGUCCCGCUUCCACACAGUGGCCCGUGACGUGUACCUGCCCAAGCCCUCCUGGGGAAACCACACCCCCAUCUUCAGGGACGCUGGUCUGCAGCUGAAAGCGUACAGCUAUUAUGACCCAAAAACGUGUGGCUUUGACUUCAAGGGAGCCCUGGAUGACAUUUCGAAAAUCCCGGAGAAGAGCAUCAUCAUGCUGCACGCGUGUGCUCACAAUCCCACGGGAGUGGACCCCCGGCAGGAGCAGUGGAAGGAGAUCUCCGAGCUGGUGAAGAAAAGAAACCUGCUACCAUUCUUCGACAUGGCGUACCAAGGCUUUGCCAGCGGGGACAUUGACCGCGACGCUUGGGCCGUGCGCUACUUCAUCGAGCAGGGCCACAACGUCCUCCUGUCUCAGUCCUUUGCCAAAAACAUGGGACUUUAUGGCGAGCGUGUCGGGGGCUUCACGGUGGUGUGCAAGGACGCCGAGGAGGCCAAGCGCGUAGAGUCGCAGCUGAAGAUCCUGAUCCGGCCCAUCUACUCAAACCCGCCCAUGAAUGGCGCACGCAUCGCUGCCACCAUCCUCAACACUCCGGAGCUGCGUAAGGAAUGGCUGCAGGAGGUGAACAGCAUGGCCAGUCGCAUCAUCAAGAUGAGGGAGCAGCUGGUGGCUAACCUGAAGAAGGAGGGAUCCACUCACAACUGGCAGCAUGUCACCGACCAGAUCGGCAUGUUCUGCUUUACAGGCCUGAAGCCCGAGCAGGUGGAGCGCCUGACGAAGGAGUACUCCGUCUACAUGACCAAGGACGGCCGCAUCUCCGUGGCCGGGGUCACCUCUGGAAACGUGGCCUACUUGGCACAUGGCAUCCACACUGUGACCAAGUAACGGGCACCUGGGAGUGGCACGUAGCAGAAGAAAUUCUAGAGAACAAGGAAAAAGAUGAAAAAUGAACAGUACCACCUUUAAUAUAUUUAAUUCUUUAUCUCGUCAACCAAAACAUAGACCUAUCAGAACUUGAAUUAAAAAUAAUGGGCACCUUAGUUUGUUCUGAGACUGAUCAGGAUGUUUAAUCGUUGCACAUCUACCGGGAAAGGUCCGAGGUCAUUAUGUUCAUUUCAGCUUCUGGUAAUGGUUUCCGAUAACUCUUCUUCUAGGUCUAGCACUGAGACUUUCGGUUUUGUGAAUAUUGACUUUGUAGGUGGUCUUGAUGUUUAAUGCAUGAAUAGAAAAUCUACAUACUUCAUAAUUUUUUCCUGGAAACAUUCAGUGUGUUUACAAAGCACUUAUUUGAGGGGCAUAAGCCUUGGUUUUAACAAGGAAAUGUCUGCUCAGCCAUCUUGUCUAAACAAAUAUCUGAUUGUAGAAAUUAUCUGCUACCCCUUUGAUUAAAAAAAAAAAAAAAAAAGUGAUUGACAUCCCACCUCUGUUAAAAAUAAAUGCUAAUUGGUAAACCAAAGUAGUAAAUAUAAAUGAUCAGUUAAGUGAUGGCUGUUGCUGCUUUGGUGUACUGCUAAUAAUAAGUUGGCCACAAUGUGUGCUGCUGUGAGAUUCUGCUUUAUCACGUAUGAACAUCCAAAAUCUGUAACUGAUUUCUCCUCCCUGCCCUCGUUAGGAAACACAAGCUGCUACACUCCGAAAAUGAUCUUCUCCAAGCACACUUUUAGAUCAUUUUUUCCCCCUGGGAGGUACAGACCAGGCCUUGCAGCAUAUAGUAGUCAUGGAGAAGAGCUGUUACCUUUUUAUUAGCCAGUGGUUAAUGAAGGGGCUAAUUUGCACACCCACCCAACGUCCAAUUUGACCAAGAUGUGGAUCUGUAUUCCAAUGUUUUAAACCAAAUCUAAAAGGUGCAGUACUGUAAUGCUGUUUAAAAGACCACGUUUGCAAUUGUAUUGACUUUGUCUCUUCUUAAAUAAACCGCAAAUGUAAUCCUUUUCCUCCAAGGUAGUACUUGUAAACAUCAAGGGUAAAUGUACUAUGAAUGACAUCCACACUGUGUGCAUUUUCAGAGUUCAUUGUGAAUAAACGUGAGCUGUAAGACCUCA